AUGAAAACUGCCUGGCAACGUCUGAUCCGCUUCGUGGCAACGGACGGCCGAACGCUCCGGGGAGAGCCCAUCAUGCCCUCUGACGAGUUCGACCUAGGCACCACGACCGAGGCGACCCAGCUGAAAGCCCGCGUCAUCCGUGGUGACGAUAUUUACGACACAACGGGGGCCACCUCGAUUACGGACGAGAUCGUCACGGUGAAGAAGCUGCUUGGCCCUCUGACACCAGCGGAUGUGCCGAUUCUGCGAUGCAUCGGUUUGAACUAUCUCGCACACAUUCGUGAAACUGGACGUCCACUACCACCGUGUCCCGUCAUGUUCUUCAAGCCGGCCACUGCCGUCCAUGACCACGGCGCUAAUGUGAUAAUCCCCAAGAUUGCUCAAGACGAUCAAGCGGAUUACGAAGGGGAACUGUGCGUCAUAAUCGGCAAAGACGCCAAAGACGUCCCUGCAGCCGACGCGCUCGACUACGUCGCCGCCUACACAGUCGGCAACGACAUCUCGGCGCGCAAGCUGCAGCUCGACCCGCACCUGGCUGGACCCAUGCCCCAGGCCGACUUCUCCAAGGGCUUCGACUCGUUUGCGCCGCUAGGUCCGGCGCUGGUGUCGACCCGUCUCGUUCGCGAUCCGGCCGCCGAGCUUGAGCCACUGACGCUGAGAACCACAGUCGACGGCGAGAUACGUCAGGAAGCCAGUGUUGCCGACCUCGCCUUUUCGGUCCAGCGCCUGAUUGCUUUUUUGUCUUGUGGCACUACACUGCAGAAGGGGAGUGUUAUUAUGACUGGGACGCCGGGAGGUAUCGGCUCCAGGAUGAACCCGCCGAGGUGGCUGCAGCCAGGGACUACAGUCGAGGUACAUAUCAGUAAGAUUGGAACUUUGAGGAACGGCGUGGAGUAUCAGACCUAG